ACUAAACUUUUUCUUAGGACAGACAGAAGGUUGACAGUAGCCUUAUUUUGAUAUCAGUUUUCCCAUCAUGUGAUAGCGUCCUUAGGUGUUAAGAGUGUCUCUCUUUUGUAAAUAAUUCAACCCCAACUACCGGUUGGCCCCAGACCACCCAAAAAAAAAAAACCAAGCCAAAACCCCUUCAAAAUUAUUAAAUAUAUUCCGUGCGAAGAUCCAUCACCACCGAUUUCACAAGCAAGCCAUGCCAAGAUGGGAACGAUGGGAGCAGUUCAAACGUCAGAUCUUCACCCGAAGGCGCUACCCGAAGCCAACAAUGUCCGAGCCGGUAGUUAAAUCGGCCGCUACGAUUAAGAACCUGACACCGUCAGCCGUCAAGACAAGCCCGUUGGCGGUCAGUGGCGUCCGGCCUGCGGUUAAAAAGUUUUCCCACAACAGUGAGUACAAGCAAAUACUGAACCGGUUAAAGGUGGACUUUGAGAAAAAGUACAACAACGUGAAGGCCUCGUCCGGCAAUGGACUGCAAGAUUAUGAUGUCCUUAAAACGCUCGGCACGGGAGCAUUUGGUGUUGUGAAACUGAUCCGCAGAAAGAACACUGAGGAAUAUUUCGCGCUCAAAAUUUUAUCCAAAGAGAAGAUAGUCCGCCACAAGCAACUGCAGCACACGGCCAACGAGAAACGGAUACUGCAAAGCGUGGAGUUUCCCUUCCUGGUGAACAUGGAAUGCUGUUUCAAGGACAAUUCCUACAUCUAUCUGGUGAUGCCGUUCGUGUGUGGGGGCGAGAUGUUUGCCCUACUGCGGAAGUCCAAACGCUUCGGGGAGGAACAAGCCAAGUUCUAUGGGGCACAGGUGGCCCUAGCGAUAGAGUACCUGCACCAUAUGAACCUGAUCUACCGGGACUUGAAGCCGGAGAAUAUUCUAAUCGACAUGAAGGGCUACGUGAAGAUAACGGAUUUUGGCUUUUGCAAGUUAAUCCGCGAUCGAACUUGGACCCUUUGCGGUACGCCCGAGUAUCUGGCCCCGGAGAUCAUACAGUCCAGAGGUUAUGGCAAGAGCGUAGACUGGUGGUCAUUUGGCAUUCUUCUGUACGAAAUGGCAGCAGGAUACACGCCAUUUUAUACGAAUUCCAGCGACCACAUGGUGCUAUUUGAGAAAAUAUGCAAAGGGAAGUUUCGCUUUCCUGCGGGUUUUGGCGGUGAUCUGAAACAUCUGAUCCAGAAUAUACUGCACGCGGAUCUAACGAGACGGUUUGGAAACUUGAAGAACGGCGCCAACGAUAUUAAACAGCAUAUCUGGUUUCGCGGGACGAACUGGAUCGGAUUGAUGAAUAUGGAAGUUAGUGCGCCUUUUAUUCCCAAAAUAAGCGGUCCCGGAGACGCUUCUCAGUUUGAUAUCUACGACGAGCAAGAUCUAAAAAUAGCCUCUAAAUGUAUGUUUAUUAAGGAAUUUGCAGAUUUUUAAUUAAUGUUUUACACUUACAACGAAUAAAGAUCAAGCCUUCUUCAA